AUGCGUGACGCCAGAACUCACAGUCAUCAGGACAACCCACCAGACGUUAUUAACGAUGGGCCGCAUGACUGUGAUUCUACAUGGUGUCGAUCAGGCCUGCUGAGUAUAGACGGGGAAACGCCACCUUCAGGAGUUGAGAAUUUGGAGCUUAUAGAUAGGCCUCUGGAGAGGAAGCCCUUGCUCCUGGACCCCUUCGCUACAUAUAAUACUUGGAAUUCUGAUCUGAGAACUAUUGCUGCUGCACCUCGCGGGAAGGCUGCGGGCGAUGAGGAUGAAGCAACUGAGAUAACGCCCACUCCAUCUCCAAAUGCAAACGGGAAGGCUGCCGGCGAUGAGGAUGAAGCAACUGAGAUAACGCCCACUCCAUCUCCAAAUGAAAACGGGAAGGCUACGAGCAAGAAGGGUAAAGCAGCUGCGAAAACGCCCACUCCGCCACCAAAUGCAAACGGGAAGGCUACGAGCAAGAAGGGUAAAGCAGCUGCGAAAACGCACACUCCGCCUCCAAAUUCAAACGGGAAGGCUACGAGCAAGAAGGGUAAAGCAGCUGCGAAAACGCCCGCUCCGCCUCCAAAUGCAAACGGGAAGGCUACGAGCAAGAAGGGUAAAGCAGCUGCGAAAACGCACACUCUGCCUCCAAAUGCAAACGGGAAGGCUACGAGCAAGAAGGGUAAAGCAGCUGCGAAAACGCCCAUUUCACCUCCAAAUGCAAACGGGAAGGCUGGAAGCGACAAUCCUCUGCGGUUGCCUGUCAACGGACAGAUCGUGGAUAAGAGUGCCGCCAGUGCCGCGAACAAGCCCGUCGGGGCGUCGUCUGAUUCACAAUCUGCUGGCAUGGCACACAAGCCCGUCGGGGCGUCGUCUGAUUCACAAUCUGCUGGCAUGGCACACCCCAUGCCUGUGCCAUCAAACGAUUACCUUACCCAGCCAUCAAAGAACGACGUAGCACCUACACCUCUGAUUUCAUAUGUACGCCGCCUGGCAACAUCAAUGUACCACGAAUUGGUGCUUGAAUAUGGCUUGGUAACUGCAGUGAAGCUGGAGCAAGACGACAGUAAACUUUCUACAUUUAGACUGCAUAUUCAGCCGGAGCAACUAACUUCCAAAUCCGACAAAAAAGCUUACUUUUUUACUCUGUCACAACCGGUGAUCCUUGCACUAAGCGAAGACGAGCGUUUGUUCACAUAUAUCUUCAAGUAUGAGACCUGUGCUGUUACCGAUAUGGAGAUUCUGCAUCUGAGGUUAUAUCGGUGGGCUCCAUCAACGAAGCUCUACAUAGCAUCGUUGUUGCAUCCCAAAGUAGUACUAUGUACUGCACAGGAGAACCGUAUCUUCAGGGCUAUGCAAACAAUAUGUGACACCGGCGCAUUCAGUCAAUUGCUUUUGAAAGCAACCCUUCCCAAUCCCAAUCCUCCAGCAGACGAUCUUAUCAUCGAAGACUUUGGCAAACUCAACGAAUCUCAGGAAGCUGCCUAUGCAUAUUUUCAUGCGAACCGUAUUUCCUUAAUUAAAGGCCCCCCCGGGACCGGGAAAACGGCGGUUAUCGUCGAGAUCAUCAAGAGGACCGUCAAGUUGGAGACCGGCUGCCCUGUGCUUUGCACAGCGGGGUCAAACGUAGCGGUGGAUAACAUAGCUGAAAGGCUUCUUGGUGACCCCACCGUGCGGCCUGUGAGGAUUUGUGCGGGCGCUAGGAUAGAACAAUACCCAGAUGAACAUCCGCUGGCGCCCAUAUGCCUGCAUACACAUAUACUUAAACAGCUCCCGCCACAGUAUCAAAAAUUAUACCUUUUAUGGGCCAAAGGGGAUGUCGAUAAUGAUUCGCCUGGCUUCCAUGAGAUGGUAUUAAUAGCUAAUAGGGUGUCUUACGAUAUCGUGUCGGAUGCCAAUGUGCUCCUCGCGACGAACAUCUCUGCUGGAAAUAGGUCGAUAAGAAAACUCCCCGAAGUGCCUACGGUGAUCAUGGACGAGGCGACACAGGCCACCGAGGCGAGUACGCUCGUGCCGCUGGCGCUCGCGGGCAUCCAAAAACUUGUCCUCGUAGGCGACGAGAAGCAACUCCCUCCGUUUGCCUUAUCUCGAAAUCCCAAGACCUCGCUGUUCAAUCGUGUCGUCACGAGGUCACCAGCAGAAGACCUGCAGUUUCUUAAGAUCCAGUACCGCAUGCAUCCAGCCAUCUGCGAGUUCCCCAACAUGCAAUUUUAUGACAACCGCCUGCGAAACGGUGUCACGCCCGAGGACCGCAGCUGGCUCGGCGUGCAGGAACCUGUGGUCUUUAUCGACAUUCCAAGCUCGGCCGAGCGCCGCGGGCAGGCAGCCGCGUCGCAGGACAUGUCGUGGUGCAACCUUGCGGAGGCCGACUUCGUCUGCGCUACCCUGCGCAAGCUCGUCAGCAAGAAGCAUGUGCCGCCCAGCCAGAUCGGCGUCAUCACCCCUUACGUUGCCCAGCGCGACGCCAUUGCCUCGCGGCUCGCACGUGACACUACGCUAGCCGCGCACGUGACCAUGCACGAGGUGGCCGACCCCGACAGCAAGCAGCUGAUGGUCGCGUCGGUCGACGCCUUCCAGGGCCACGAGCGCGCGUUCAUCAUCUUCUCUUGUGUUCGCAGCAACUCGGACGGCCAGCUGGGCUUCGUUAGCGACAGGCGCCGCAUGAAUGUCGCGCUGACGCGCGCGCGAAACGGCCUGAUCGUGGUCGGCCACGCGGAUACACUCGCUAAGGGAUCAAAGAUCUGGCGUGCAUAUAUAACGUAUCUGCGCUCACGCGACCUGGUGCGGACUUCUUUAGCCGGCUACUAA